CCUUUGAAUUGAUCUCGGCUGGAAUGUGGGCUUCAAUUUGCGAUGUGAUGGCUUUAAGGCCAGAAUUUGAUCCCUUCUUUCAGCAUCUAAAAUUCGAUAAUGUCCAAAGAGCAAACAGCCAGACGUUGCCAAAAAACCAAAAAAAAAAUGAAGAAAGAAAAAAAGAAGAAUGAAAGCUGACGCGGUAAAAGGCAAUGUACAUCACCAAGAAAAUGUCAACACCACCACCAACAACACGAACAAGUACCUGUACAUAUGGCGUCCUCAGUUUUUUCUGAACAACAACAACUACAGCCUCUCUACCCUCCUCCCUUCUCAUCAUCACCACUUCUAACAAUAACAAGUAACAAAAUUGCUUCCUUUUCUCUUCCCCAUCUUUUCUCUUUCACAUUUUCACUUCCUUGAUCGGUCUCUCUCUCAGUAUUCAGCCGCUUUCAGCUCAGGAACAUGUUUGGAGGUAAUAACAGCAAUCCUUUGGUUCCAAUUUCCUUUGGCGAAAACCACAUCUUGGAUGAUGUUAAUGCAUUGCCUCAGCUGCAGCUACUUGGGGAUUUUUCAAUCUGUCACAGAUCCGGUUGGGCGCUUUGGGGUCUCCACAAAUCACACCAGCAAUCAGCAGACAGCAAUCUUUGGCCAGCCUGCUAAAAGAGUCAAGGAGACAGAAUCCAUUUCUGGACAGAAAAAGCAUCAAUUAUCAUCAAGUAAUAACUUCAGCCAAUAUGAUGCCUGUAAAUCGGGAAUCAUUCUGAAUCCUAAUCAUGUAUCAAUUGGAUUGAAACUAUCUUCUGAGGAAGAUGAACACAACUCUUCUGUUACUUGUACAAGUGAAAGUAAUACAGCCACCCUCCCUGUGACGUUGUCUCUCAGUGAUGAUCUUAAAGCAGAGAUUAAUUUGCAGAAAGGGGAUUUAGAUCAGUAUAUUAGACUGCAGGAAGAAAAUUUCAUAAAAGGUGUGAGAGAACUGGGGCAAAGACAUACAGUUUCAUUGCUGAGUUCCAUAGAACAAGGAAUUAGCAGCAAGCUACAUGAGAAGGAGCUUCAAAUACAAAACAUAAACCGCAAGAACAAGGAUCUAGUAGAGAGAAUAAAGCAAGUUAGCAUGGAAGUCCAUUCCUGGCACUGCAGAACAAAAUAUAAUGAGUCUGUAGUUAAUGUUCUGAAAAGCAAUCUGGAGCAGGUAAUGGCACAAGGUGCGAUGCAUGGCAAGGAAGGUUAUGGGGACAGUGAGGUCGACACUGCAACCUCUUAUGCUAACCAAAACCAUAUGCGCCUUGUGGAUGGUUCUGCGAAUUCAAUCUCCUUGAAAAAGCAGAUGACUUGCAGAGCUUGCAAGAUCAAUGAAGCUUCCGUCUUGUUAUUUCCAUGUAGACACUUGUGCCUCUGCAAAGUUUGUGAAGGGCUCAUAGAUGUUUGCCCUGUGUGCCGUAUAGCGAAGUCUUCAAGUGUUGAAGUUUUUCUGUCCUAAGCAACUGCGAUCUUUAAUAACCCUACAUGAAAGGUAUGGGUUAAAAUGGCAAUGUUUUGAUGUUUAGUGGAUUUGUAUUUUGCUACAAAGAUAUUGAUGUGCUAAAUACGAUGAAGUUCCCAAGCAUUUUAACAUGGAAGUUUUGGGGAACCAGAUGGAUACUUUUUAUCCAUUGAUUAUUCUUUGCUGGUAGGAUUUAUCAUUACAACUUCCACGUACAUGAUCGGAAGAUGACAAGUCCAAGCAUUGUUGUUCAUCUUCUUUCACUUCAUUGAAUUUGCAACAGAAGCAAGUUGCCUCUUAACAACUACACAUAAGGACAUGGAGCUUUGGUGCUUUGUUUCUUGAGGCUGCAUCUGCUACAAAACUGGAAAGCAGCCAGCUGUUUGAUGAAUAAAUACCCAGUAAUU